AUGGAGGUUUUGACCCAAUUGUUGAAUAAACUUCCUGUGUCGUUUAGGUUCCAUGAUCGGUGUGAGCGUGUGGGCCUGACUCAUUUGGUUUUUGCAGACGAUUUUAUGAUUUUCUGUGCAACGGAGAAAAAUUCUUUGAAGUUUGUGAGGCAGGUCCUGGCGGAUUUUACAGGACUAUCUAGGUUACUUGCAAAUGUUGGGAAGAGUUCCAUAUUUGUUGCGGGUGUGGAGUCAGGUGAGGCGGAGGAACUAGCUGCAUUUAUGGGAUUCUCUCUUAGUUCGCUGCCUGUUAGGUAUCUGAGGUUACCUUUAUUGGCUGGUCGAUUGAAGGCUGUGGAUUGUGCACCUUUGAUUCAUAGGAUUACAGCUCGUAUUAGAAAGUUAAUGGCGCAAUCCCUUUCUUUUGCUGGGAGGUUACAGCUUGUUAGGUCUGUUUUACAGUCCUUUCAGGUGGAAGUGUAUGUUUUGCGUGGACGAUCUUUGUGGGUUGUUCAGAGUGAGGUUGGUAGGUCUUGGUACUUGAGGGUUAUCUUGCGUUGUAGAGAUAGUUUCAAGCAUCUGGUUCAUUUGAUGAUUGACGAUGGACGGUCUUGUUUUGUUUGGUGGGAUCCUUGGCUGCUGAAGGGUGCGAUUUUGGAUUCAUUUGGGUUUACGAUGGUUUAUGAUGCAGGGAGUAAUUUGAAGGCGUGGUUGUCGAAGUUCUUGGAUGGUGAAGGAGGUUGGAGGUGGCCUUCAGCGUUUUGGGAAUUGCUUGAGAUCUGGGGUCUUAUUUAG